AUGAGCACUCUCGUCGCGUCACAUGAUUUUAUGAUGUGUUGGUUCCAAUCCUGAUGGCUGCGAUCAAGACGUAGUUUGGACAGUUUUCUUGGGGUCCUGAGACUUUUAGGGCGAGCUGGGGGUACCAGUCCAGAACUAGGUAUCACAAGGAGUCCCUCCCCGGCUUGGAGAAAUCGUCUUACUGCUCCAUAUAGUCGAGAAGUCGGGUAGGCGCUCUUUCUGACAGGAGUAAAAAUUUAACGUCAUCGUCUGCAAGAGGAGGGGUCACCGGGCACAGCAUCAACUGGUCAACAUCUGCAGAUGUGUCUGCUAGAAACUGUGGUGUUGUGCUUUUACUGUCUGCUCUAGGAUCUAGGCCGCUGGGAACCAGGAAUAGCAACCAGAAACUAAACAUUUGUGUUGUGAUAUCGUAGUACCCGAUCUGUAUUGUAUUUGUGCAUCAAAAUGGGGAGGGGCCGGGUAUGACUUCAGUGUAGUUCCGAUUUUCCCAAGCUAUUUUACAGGUUUUACCACAGCAAAAACCUGUAUUGUUUUACCCCGGAUCCAUGGGCACCGCCAUCUUGUUACCUGUGAAAUACAAGUAAAGUAACCCAAAGAAGGGAUCUUGAAGUAGAAUCAUGAUGGAGGUAGAUUUGGGAAUCGAGACUGUGUACGGCAGUGAUGACACAUCUACCGGCGUUAUGUCGGAGAAGGUGUCUGCGCUGGCCAGUAGUGUGUACCAGGAGUUCGAGAGGAUGAUCAAGAAAUAUGACGAAGACGUCGUCAAGGAACUCAUGCCUCUGGUGGUCAAUGUCUUGGAGAACCUGGACAUUGUCACGCACGAUAACCAGGAGCAGGAGGUUGAACUGGAGUUGUUGCGGGAUGACAAUGAGCAGCUGAUCACCCAGUACGAGAGAGAGAAGCAGCUGAGGAAACAUGCGGAGCAGAAAGCCCUGGAGAUGGAAGACGUGCACGAGUUACAGCGGCGCGACCUCCAGAACCGGACAGAGGCGUUGGAGAUGCAGACAAGACAGUUAGAGCUCAAGUGCAAGAACUACUCCGAUCAGAUCACUCGACUGGAAGACAGAGAAAGUGAGAUGAAGAGAGAAUACCAACAGUUGCACCAAAGACACACAGAGAUGAUACAGACCUACAUGGAGCACAUAGAACGGACCAAGAUGGCGCAGUCUCUGGGUCAGGAUGUGGCAGCAAGUCCAAAGGCAAAGUUGCACAGUAUCCUGAACCGCCCGUCCUCCCCUAACUACUACGCCCUGAGUAACCAGGAUGUGGGCUCACCCGCCUCACCAAAGACCCCCCAGGCCAUGUCACUCAUCGAGGGAGAGGAUGUUCUGGGGAGAAGCCCUGCCAGGGAGCCUGUGGGUCUUAAAAAUACUACAGAUCUUAAGGAUGAGCAAGGCGGGACUGAAAAUGGUGCUGCACAAUUGCAUGGGGAUGAAAAGCAUGAUGGGAUAGAGUCCCAGGUGGCGGAGGUGGACGUAUCCCGCGAUUCAGUGCAUGAGCCGGGUGACACCGCUGGUUCCGAGGAAGUCGUAUCGCAUGACCCCGUGUCUAAAGACGAUAAAACAGCCACAGGGGAUGUAUCCCACAAUUCUGAGCAUGAGACGAGACCGACGUCCACAGAAGCCAACGAGUUUAUUUUGUUGGAAGACAACGCUAACCCGGUAGAGUCUGAGAUACGGCAAACCAUGACAGACAAGAGUUUAGACAUCCAAGCUGAGCUGUGUGCGUUACCGCCGCUGCCACUUUGGGGUAGUGGCUCAGAGGACCUCAGAAACGGAGGGUCAGACAGAAGAAUUCAGGACAUUCUGAACACCACCCCAGAACUCUCCCAAACACAACCCAUUGAUGUCCCGGGAGCAACAAGCACCCCUCUCAAGGCAAACCAGGACUCCCUGUUCCAAGAGCUAACGUCCCAGGACUCAGAAGCACUGGGAGAGAUGGACGAAGGGGCAGACAUUACAGUCAGUGACUCCUUCUUUGGUAUGGGGAAGGAAGUGGAGAACUUGAUUGCAGAGAACACACAACUCUUGGAGACAAAGAAUGCCUUGAACAUAGUGAAGGAUGAUCUUAUAGCCAAAGUAGACGAGCUGACCAGCGAGGCAGAGAUGUUGCAAAAUGAGGUUUCAGCUCUGCAAACCUCCAAGCAGAGACUAAAGCUUAAGGUCAACGACCUGGAGGAGGAGCUACGAAAGGCGAGAGCAGAAGUAGAGGAGAUGAAGAAGGGCCCACACGAUGAAGAUGAUGACGUGCCGAUGGCACAGAGGAAGCGUUUCACACGAGUGGAGAUGGCGCGAGUCCUGAUGGAGCGGAACCAGUACAAGGAGCGACUCAUGGAGCUACAGGAGGCCGUCAGAUGGACUGAGAUGAUCAGGGCUUCGAGAGAAAACCCAGAACUUGCUGCUAAGAAGAACAAGUCAUCCAUAUGGAAGUUUUUUAGCAACCUAUUUAGCUCAUCGUCUAGUUCAAGUACAGCCAGCAAAAAGUCCUACCCACCAGUGAACGUGCGAUACAACGCACCAGCCUCUCAAGUCCAACCUGCUGGAAACCCCGACCGUGUUCGCAGCAACACGUUCUCCGCCAUGGGGGACAAAUCCAAGGCCUUCAAUUUCCUCGCAGAAGACAGCAACCUCAGUGAAAUAGAGAGGAAACGACGCGAGAAGCAGGAGCAGUACAAACGUGUGCGAGCCCACGUCAGGAAGGACGACGGGCGCAUGCAGGCUUACGGCUGGAGCCUGCCCGCCAAGUUCAAGGGUCCGUCCUUGACAGAGGCGUCCCGUAACUGUGUCGUGUCUGUCCCAGUCCCGGUGUACUGUCGGCCAUUGUUGGAGAAAGAGCCAGGCAUGAAAAUCUGGUGUGCCGCCGGAGUGAACCUGUCCGGAGGGAAGACUCGAGACGGAGGGUCCAUCGUGGGAGCCAGCGUGUUCUACUCCGACAGCCUGCCUGAUGAGCCUGAGGAAGGCAAGAAGAGAGGCUCGCAGACAAGCAUCGACAAGCUGGAUGCUGAACUGAAGGAGCGGGAAAAGCUGCUGCCCACGACAGAAAACAUGUCGUCCAUGGUGUGGAUCUGCACCAGCACACACGCCACCAGUAAGGUCACUGUCAUUGAUGCCAACAACCCGCAGGAGAUCCUCGACACCUUCUCUGUCUGCUCCUCUCACCUGCUCUGCAUAGCCAGCGUGCCAGGUGCGAUGGAGGAUGACUAUCCGCCAGAAGACUUUGUCAUCAAAGGGAAUGUUGUCGUGGAUGCAGACUCCACGGAAACUAACAAGUCAGAUGCCAGCAGCGAGUCUGGCAUCGGUGGCAUUACUGUUGUGGGAUGUGCCACUGGAGCAGUUCCACCAAGUCAGAACGGAAAAGCCCCAGGAACCAAAGAUGUAGAGAGCCCCGUAGAGAUAGCAAAGGAAGCCACAGAAAUCCCCACCCCGGCCCAAGAGCAGGCUCCCUCAGCUCUAGAGGAGAAGAUGGUGGUUAAGGUGGAGGGAGUGACUCCGGAGCAGGAGGAGAAGGAGGGUGGUGAGGAGGAUGGGGAGCCUGAGGUGGAGGAGGAGGCUGGACCGGGGGAGGAGGAUGAGUUUGCUGACCCCCUGGGUGCCACUGCAGGUGGAGAUGGCCCAGAAUACACUGCUGUGCCUCUGACACAAACUGCCCCCGUCCCACGAGACACCCUGAUUAAGGACCCCAACUCCCUGUUUAAGGACGGCAUGGCCACCGUACCCGAGGGUGCCGGGCUGCCUGGUGCAGAGGUGGCCAAGAUGAGCAGUGUUCUCCCCACCAUGUGGCUGGGGGCACAGAAUGGAUGUCUGUAUGUUCACUCAUCUGUGGCACAGUGGAGAAAAUGCCUGCAUUCCAUUAAACUGAAGGACUCUGUACUCAGCAUAGUUCAUGUAAAAGGACGUGUUCUGGUAGCAUUAGCAGAUGGAACCCUGGCAGUCUUCCACAGAGCAGCAGACGGUCAGUGGGACUUGACCAACUACCACCUGCUGGACCUUGGGAAGCCUCACCACUCUAUCCGCUGCAUGGUGGUGGUGUACGACAAAGUCUGGUGCGGCUAUCGCAACAAGAUCCACGUGGUGCAGCCUAAGACUCUCAAGAUAGAGAAGACGUUUGAUGCCCACCCCAGGAAGGAGAGACAGGUGCGACAGCUGGCGUGUGUGGGGGACGGGGUGUGGGUGUCCAUCUGGCUGGACAGCACCCUGCGCCUGUAUCAUGCACACACGCACCAGCACCUGCAGGAUGUGGACAUAGAGCCAUACGUCAGCAAGAUGCUGGGAACUGGGAAGCUGGGGUUCUCCUUUGUAAGGAUCACCGCCCUGCUCAUCUCCUGUAACAGAUUGUGGGUGGGAACAGGAAACGGUGUCAUCAUCUCCAUCCCUCUCACAGAGAUUAGCACUGCCCCUCCUGCAAUACCGGCAAGUAACAAACCCACCGGUCCUCCUGCCGCGGCAUCGGUCAGUCGUCCAGGCGGGGUCAUCAGGGUCUACAGCGACGCUAACUCGGACACGGUGACGCCUGGCAGCUUCAUCCCGUACUGCUCCAUGGCUCACGCCCAGCUGUCCUUCCACGGGCACAGAGAUGCCGUCAAGUUCUUUGCAGCAGUUCCAGAAAUAGCUGUGCAAAUCAGUUACACCGACCUAGCAACUAAACAAGGCAUAGCUGCAGGCCUGAGUGCUGCCACCAUGCCCAGUCCCCAGCCUGAGCCCAGUAAAACAGCACAGGGGAGCAGUAAGAACGUGCUGGUCAUCAGUGGUGGAGAGGGCUACAUCGACUUCAGAGUAGGUGAUGAAGAUGAUGAUGAGCCUGCCCCCAGUGGACCAGGAACAGGAGCGUUUGGCGACAUGUCUCCCAUGGCCAAGCCUUCAAUAUCAAAGGGAGAACGUAGCCAUCUCAUCGUGUGGCAGAUAGCUAACGCUGAGUAAUACCAACGACUUACAACUCUAGCUGCAAGGACAAAAAUCUAGCUAACGGCUUCUUGCCAAAUGUUGCUCCAAACUCUGGCAGUAUAUACGUAAAUCUUCCUUGCCACGUUAGUGUACAAAUCGAGGUUCCUUGAAUGAACUGUUUCUAUUAAAUCGUUGUUAGGAAUGAGUAAAUAUUUGCAACGAAACAACGUUCAGUGUCUUCGGGUAAGAAAAAACAUGGAAAGAAAAUGGAUGAGAAAAACAGCUAGGCCUUGUAGUCACUAGUCCUUGUGUCAAAAAGAAGACUAGGUUCAUAAUAUUGCAGCUAUGCUUGUUCUUGUACUCUGGCUGCAAAAGUUUGUGCACAGAGAAUUGUACCAUUGCCACAUACAUUGUACAUGUAGCAUGUCAAAAUGAAACUGCUUUAUGACCUCACACCAUCUUUAAUUUGUUGGGCUUUCUAAACUGUACCAUGCUGAACUUCUACUGUUUGUUUCUGAUGGGAGUUGUUUUUUUUUAUUUUGCAUCAAUUAUGAAUUGGGCAUUGCUUGUAAUGAUUGUUUUUUGUACUCAUUACAAUUGUAGUAUAGUCACCUGAUGAGAUUUUAAAGCUUACAUGUAUAGCAAAGUGAAUGAAGGGUCCUCAGUGUGAAGAGGUCGGUUGUGAUAAAUGUUUUUAUGUUUAAUAAAUAGGUCCUGUAUUUAGCAUUCAGAACACAGGUCUGGAUUGAAAAUAUGUCAGAAGUGAAAACAAUGGCAGAUUCAGCUGCAGAAGAUUUAGCUGCCAUGGAAUGUAUUAACUAUGACCCAUGUUUUAGUUCUUAUGACAGCAAUUCACCUGCGCUGUUAAACAUUCUAUUUUUGCAGUUCUUUAGGGUUGCAGUCAAACCCUAGGGUUAUGAAUUGUAAUGAUACAAGUAUGUUUUAAGGUAGCUUGACAGAAACAUGAUUGUUUGUCACACAUCUGGACUUAUCUAACACAUACUCGGUAGAAUGAUAUCUCUGGCCUGUAGUUUAAAGCUCUGCCAAUGCAUUUGUGCAAACCUGUGCACAUUUUGAAUGACCACAACAAAAAUUUCUCAAUGCUAAACCUAUAACUGACUGGAUGGUGAAAUAUGAUCAGACCUUGCUCCAUGUUAAAAGUUUGUUACUCUGGUCUGUUGACUGACUCAGAGUAUACUGGUAUAUAUUUAUAUGUAUAUGGUAUUGCAGAGUUAUAAUUUAUGCUAAUGUUUAAUCAUAUGGAAUAUUACUUUGCAAGUAUCCUGACUCUUAAUAGAUAUUCUUUUGGGUUGUGCAAAGGAAGAUUGCAUUUGGCGGUUUGGUAGUAGUUCCUGUAGCUGGAAAAGGUGCAGCCACGUUAUUCAGGCCACAUUAAUUGUUCCAGUCUUUUGAAGUUGGAUGUUUAACUUUAUGGAGGUCAUGACAGAAACAUCUAUUGGCAAGGACCCAUAACAACCUUCCCCUCCACAAGAAUGUUGAAGUAUGUAUGUCUAACUAACCUGUAUCCAGAACUGUAUAAAAAAUGUUGGUAAUUUUCUGGCAAUGAAAGUGACCAGGCCCUCACUAUACACAACUUUCAGACAACUCUGUCUUCCACUAUUUUUCCAUUUUGUACAAAAUCUGCUGGGUUGACAGACUUGAGUUUGACAUUGUUUUUUUUGUUUUUUGUUUUGUUUCCUGGCAUCAAUGAGCAAAUGAGAUCACAUCCUCCACAGUUCUUUAUCACGAUCAAGUAAAGUUAAGAUUACGGCAAGGAAACAGUCCCAUACUGUAAACGUCUUCAACUUGUACCAAUCUGGAAAGUUUCUCAACAAAGUUUGUCAUCUAAGAUAACAUGAACAAUUCCAUCCAUAUUUAUGAUUAACCAUGUUAACAAUGUCAUGCUAAAGCAACUUUUGUGUCAAGUUGUACAUGUCCUGUAACAUUUCUGCUUUGUAUUUUAGUGAUUAACUAGAAAGCUUGUUUUGGAAUAUGAAGGCCUGGGUACCACUUUUCAGAAAAGGAAUUUUCAUACCAGCUACAUUGUAUGUUAUUGAACUCAGCUGCUAUAUGAUACAAAUGUAUUAACUGUAUGUUUUCACUCAGGCCUUGGUAGUGCAGAAAAUUAUGUGGUUGUCUGCGGAGAUGUUAGAUGUUCAUUACUGAUUGGUUGAUGGGAAAGAAGAGUGUUUCAGCCUAGCCAAUAAGUGAGAUCGUAACACCAGGUUUUAAUGGUGUUUGUUCAGCCGAUGGUGCAGUCUUUUUUGCCAAUCCAGUAAAAGCAGUGGUGCUUCAUA